AUGGAAGUGGAUGAGACGCUGGUCUCCUACGACCCAACCAAGGACUUCAUCCUCCAGAAGCCAAGUCCAGAGCACCAGGGAGUGUUUUACUGUAAGGCCGUGACCAAGGCCAUCCCACAGAUCUCCACAAAGUACCAGCUGUUUUACGUGGAGAGUAGGAACCUAGCAACCGUGCACCAUCACACAUAACAAAAACAUUGGUUUUCAAUAGAUCACAAUAUGGAGCAUUUGUUGUCAAAUCACAGUACUAGUGAUCACACUAACAUUAGUCAAUAAAAAAAUAUAUACAUCUACAUUAUAGCCCCAGAGAUGGGAAUGUGCUGUAUGUCAUUUUAAUUACUUAAAACAAUAACUGACGGGCAAAGGCAAUUCACAAUUACCACAUUAGUUUAUUAGAGGUCUACCUGAGACCAUUUUACACAGUUAUGAAUCAGAUCUGCUGGCUACUGUGUGUGCAGCCCUAUGGGCCCUGGUCAAAAGUAGUGCACUAAAGGGAAUAGGGUGCCAUUUGAGACACAGACUUGGUCUGCUGUGAGUCAUCAGCUUCCAGGAAUAGAGUGUAUUUCACUGUGUUAUCAAAAGGCUGUUCCACUUUAGGGCUCUUUGUUUAAGUGGACCUGUGCCUACGGCAGUGGAAACAUGGACCCAUUUUGGCUGCUUUAAGUGGGAUGGAUCAGUGGUGAAUUUAUGAAAUGGAAACACUGUGGUUCAGGGCCCAGUUUUUAAAAGGUUAUCUGAUUGGAUUUCGGCAAUCGGAUAGGAUUAAAUCCAUAGAAAUAGAAUCCCAUUCAAGUCAAUGCUAUUCAUUCUAUUUCUAUGCAUUUAAUCCUAUCCGAUUGCCGAAAUCCGAUCAGAUACCUUUUGAAAAACUGGGCCCUGGUGAUAUCAAUCUCUCACUUCAGUUUUGACAGGAAGGCGGAGAGACCAGUAUUAAGGUUUAGGUGGAAGUCGACCAAGGAAGUAUGUUUCCAAUCCUUACUGUCCACUAGAAAUGUGUUCUAUCCUAAAACAGUCAGUGACAGCUGUAACCACGUAGCCAUCUGGACAGCACUUGGUCAAUAACAUUGUUUGUCCAAUAGAUAUCCUAUAAUAAAUGUGGUUUGUCCAUCCUUAACUCUGUUGGCAGUGCCUAGUGGCCCAUCAUACGUUACCAUUGAAGCGUCCCUUUCCUCUUCAAGGGGAGGAGACAACAUCAACAUCACCUGUACUGUCCUGGGAGAGCCAGAGAUGGACGUCAGCUUCACAUGGACUUAUCCUGGCCAGGUAAACUGGAUGUCACCAUUUCUCAGUGAUGCUUGACCUUGGUGUUUCGUCUCUUCAGCUUGUGAGACACACCACCCGCAUCUUCCAGAGCGUCAUGGCCGUCGAUGACCUGGAGACCAUCGACUUUGGAAGAUACAUCUGCAGAGCCAAGAAGAAGCACGGGGAGAUCGCAGUGGCCACCAGCGUCCACUCUAACAAGCUAGACAGCAAGAGAGAACACUUAGAACCUGUAUAG